GUCUGAUGUUCAUUGUAGCAGAAUUGCAGUGCACUGGACUGUACAGAACAGUGUAGCAUACACUGUCUAUGAGGGGUGGGGUUCAGCUACACUAAAAUCACAAACACAGGCAGAUAGAGGGUGAGAGAGCGAGAGGGAGAGAAGAGGAGGGAGAGAAAGCACCUGAAGAGGAAUUACAACAAGGGAUGAAAGGAGACACCCCAGUGAACAGCACCAUGAGUGUCGGCCAAGCCAGGAAGCUGGUGGAGCAAUUGAAGAUUGAAGCCAGUUUCUGCAGGAUCAAGGUAUCAAAGGCAGCUGCAGACCUGAUGGCAUACUGUGAUGCCCACGCUAUUGAGGACCCCCUCAUCACCCCUGUGCCCACCUCGGAGAACCCAUUCAGGGAGAAGAAGUUCUUCUGUGCACUCCUUUGAGACAAACCACAGGAUGGUUGGGAAAAAUACUGUCCAGAUAGAACAUAACGUGCACUGAGUAUACCAAACAUUAGGAACAUCUUCCUAAUAUUGAGUUGCACGCACCCACCCCCUGCACUCAGAACAGCCUUAAUUCAUCAGGGAAUGGACUCUACAAGGUGUCGAAAGCAUUCCCCACAGAUGCUGGCCCAUGUUGACUACAAUGCUUUCCAGAGUUGUGUCAAGUUGGUUUGAUGUCCUUCGGAUAGUGGACCACUCUUAAUACACACACGAAACUGUUGAGCGUGAAAAACCCAACAGCGUUGCAGUUCUUGACACAAACUGGUGUGCAUGGCACCUACUACCAUAUCCAGUUCAAAGGCACUUUUUGUCUUGCCCUUUGACCUUCUAAAUGGCAUACAUACACAAUCUAUGUCUCAAUUAUCUCUUUAACCGGUCUCGUCCCCUUCAUCUACACACGGAUUUAACAAGUGACAUCAACAUGGGAUCAUAGCCUUCACCUGGUCAGUCUGUCAUGGAAAGAGCAGGUGUUCUUAAUGUUUUGUAUACUCAGUGUAUGUACAUGCAUUCACCACAUACACAAAGCUAAAUAUAACUUAUUCAUGUAGCCUGCUUUAUCUUAUGAAAGGCUGCAGAUGUACAUAUCCUCCUAAGUAAAAUCAAGACUAAUUCAACCAAAAUUUACAUUUAGAUCUACAUAAACCAUUAAAAUAUAUUUGGAGUUAUGCGUAUACAUACCUAAAACACAUCGAAGCUUAUAGAAUCAUGAACUGUAGCACAACAUAAAAGUGGAUAUACAUACAAUAUGUAAAACAGCUUAGUCCUAGCUCAUUUUUCAAAUAGAUGGAGGGGUGACAACUACACAUAAAUUGUUAUCAUUUUAAUACACACUAGUCAUUGCCUAAUCUGAGUUUGUAAAAAAAAAAAAAAAAUUGUGUGUGAUGUCUUUAAAGUCCUGUAUGUCACUUUAAGCUGUUGCAGAAAUGUGCGUGAGGUGUAGGCGCCACUGUAGACCAGUAGGACAGUAUGAGGACAAGUAAAUACACACCAAUCCAAAUCAUUUCACUGGCGCUGUAUGUACAAGAGGUGGUCAGCCACCUUAAGAUCAGGGGUCUAUAAUGACGGGUUUCCAAAUACAAUGAUCAAUGUUGUUUUGAUAAAUAAGUGGUUUAAUUUGUCAAGUGGAUGUCUAAGGCUAUAUGGCAUUAACAAAAAUAAGCAGUACAUUUAAUAAAUAUAUAACAGCAAUUUGUAUGGUAUUUUUUUUCGAGACCAGUUUUUUUGGUUGCUUAUCUGAUCAAGUUCAGAAAUGUUAUUACUAUUUUUAGAUCAGUGUUACUGAAACCUUUACUGUCAAUAUUUCUUACCAAAACAAAUUAAGAGCUUUGAAUAAAAGGGGACUUGGGAAUCAAAGACAAAAUUAAACAAAAUUAUUUGUGCAUGUAAUUUUAUUGUUUUUUUCUUCUUCAAAAAACAAAACAAAGUCAGAAUUGUCCAGAUCUUGCAGUUGCUUAUUUCAAAAGAAAAGAAAAAAACUAACAUGCUUUCACUGUCAAUAUGCAAAAACAUGAACCAGUGUUUCAGUAAAACCAUCCUUCAACGAUUAAACAGAGCAACACAAGUAUGCUCAUAAAUGAAUUCCUGAAAAAGUGCUACUUACUGUGGUUUUACUUCAGGCUUUCAUUUGUGUGACGUUUGAAAAUGAGGUGAUUUGUAGUAGCUAGCUUCUUAAUCCGCAUGCACUGCUCCACAACUCAAGGUACAUUGCAGAUAAAUGUUGCUUUAGCAUUACAACGUUAAGGCAUCGCUUCAACAUCUCUUAAAACAAACACAUAAGAUAACAUGGGGCAAUUACAAAUGUAAAUCUUAAAACGGUUUCCUGUAAACUCAGAUAUAAAAUUAACAGUGCAACAUCUUAUAGAUGUCAAAGCCAUGUGGUGUCAAA